CAAGAUGCAAAGCACAACUAUAGUUAAAUGAAAUAUGGAUCUUGGCCUGCUAGGGUAUUCUUCUCACGAAGAAACCCCAAGUCAAUAGGUUCCGUACCUGAGGGUAAUUGACUUGUUAGAAAUAGUGGGAGAGUAUUUAAUAAAGACCUAUUAGAUACUUAAUUCAUGAUAAUAACUAUCUUCGCAAAAUUCUGUAGAUGGCAAACAACAACACAAACAACCACGCCCUGCGUUCCAUUCUGGAUAAAGAUAAAUUGAACGGAACAAACUUUGUUGACUGGCAACGCAAUCUCUCCAUUGUUCUCCGCAUGGAUGAGAAAGAGUAUGUGCUCGAAAAGCCCAUUCCUCCUGCCCCUCCCGCUAACGCCCCGAAAGCAGUUAAAGAUGCCUACGAGAAACACGUUAAGGAUGAUAACCAGGUUAGCUGUGUCAUGCUGGCAACCAUGAUAACCGAGCUGCAAAAGCAGCACGAGGACAUGAAGGCCCACGAGAUGAUCGUGGCCUUGCGGCAGCGAUACCAGGGGCAAUCCAGGCAUGAACGUUUUCUUGUGAGUAAGGCUCUCUUUAGUUUCAAGCUCUCUUCAGGGAACCCGGUCGGUCCACACGUUCUCAAAAUGAUUGGUUACAUAACCAAUCUGGAGAAACUCGGGUUUUCCUUGCAGAAGGAGCUGGCAACGGACCUGAUCCUGCAGUCGCUCCCUGAGCUGUAUAAGGGUUUUGUCAUGAACUACAUGAUGCAUGAUCUUGACAAACCCCUUCUGGAGCUUCUUAAAAUGCUCCAGACUGCAGAGGAGAACCUUACUAAGGGCAAGGGUGCUUCCGUCCAUAUGGUCCAAGGCAGAAAGGGGAAGCUGAAGAAGGGGAUUAAGAUUAAGGCUAGGACGGUCGGAAAGCCUAAAUCAAAGCCACUGGAGGAGAAACUGCAAGACAUACCUCGCAACCAAGAAGAAGGAAGGUACGACCAUUUCUUCUGAGGUGUAUGUUAUAGAAGUUAACAUGUCUAUAUCUUCAUCAUGGGUACUAGAUACUGGAUGUGGGUCUCAUAUCUGUACUACCAUGCAGGGACUGAAGCAGAGUAGACGGUUAGCUCGAGGCGAGAUUGAACUCCGAGUCGGCAAUGGUGCACCUGUUGCAGCUUUGGCAAUCGGAACUUAUAGUUUAGUCU